CUGGCUCGCUCGCUCGCUGCUGCGCGCCAGCCGCGGCUGCCGAAGGAGCGGGCGGCACCGCCCCCGCGCUCCCGUUUCCCGGGCGCGCCCCGCGCCCAGCGCGCAGCCGCACUGCUCCAAAACAGUUUCUUGCUCACGUCGGAGAAGCCGCUUCCGUUUCCAACGCCGCAUUCCGGCCACAGCUGCCCGUACCCGAGCCCCGCUCGCUCCGCCGCCCGAGGAGGACCCCGCGCUCAGCCGCUCCAUCAAGCCAUGUCGGAGGAGGAUUAUUUGUGUGUGAAGGCUGAGGAGGAGGAUGAAGCACUGAUUAUGGACCUUGAAGACAGCGGGCUGUCCACACAAAGCUGCAUGCCAGUGCCACAGAACUCUGAAGCAAACAGUGCUGUUCACCACAUGAGUCAACUUGCCUAUGGAAAUGAAGGCUUGCCAGUGCUUGCAGAUCUAACAGCCUCACAAAUGGGUCAUUCUGCAAUGAUGCAGAGAGGAAAUGGUCACAGCCCUGAGAAAAGGGAUUUUGUGGUUUUGCGUAAUAAAAGAAAGCGAAUUUCUCCUGCUGUAGUGGAACACAGUGUGAUGAGAACCAGGGAAGAAGAAUAUGAAGAUAAUGACAGUGUCAUUUAUGAGUAUGAACCUGACUAUGAAUGUGAAAGCGUUUUAUCUGAAGCUUCUUAUACUGGGUAUCAACAGAAUCCUCUUAUGGAGGUCCUCAGUUAUUGCCAGGCCAUGUAUGAUGCCAUUCAGAAACUGGAUAAAAAAUUUGAUCUGCUUCAUCGGAAGGUCUCGGAAAUGCAGCAUACUCGUAUAAAGCCAUUCUUGCUCAAACCUAAACCAGUUGGAUUUACAUACAGAAGUUCCAGUCAUUUGCCUUCAGGAAAAAUAAGAGUACAAAAACCCAUGGAAAGAGAUUUAAGUCUUCAUCGUUCUUCAUCAGGCCAGGGAAGGCAUAGCCCAGUUGUAAGGAUUGCUUUGCAAAAUGGUCACGUUCAAGUCAAUUCCAAAACAAAACACGUCCUGCAGAGUUUUCAGCUUGAAUCUCAUCAGCCUGUUGGAAGGCAGAGCCCACCACUUCCCACAAUAGUUUCUACACAUUCAUUACAUUCAUCAUACACAGCAACUAAUGGGAUGCCUGACCUUUCACCACAAUCAAAUCUUGCUCCCAGUAUUGUGGAAAGUACUGUCAACAUUGCAUCUUCUUCACCUGUGCCAUCACCAUCGAUACCAGCACCGUCUGAGCCCAGUCAGGAAAAUAAUGCUGUGGAGUUGAACUACAGAAAUGCGUCUGAGGAUGUGAAUAUUAGUGAAGAACUACCAUCUUCUUCAGUCUUCAUCAAUCCUAGCCUUGAGUUUGUUGGUGACCCAGCAAGAAAUGUAAAAGUUCUUGGAAACCAUUUGGUGAAGGCUCGGCAAAAGACUAAACCCAAGUACGCAGCGCGCCACUUGGUUCGUGUCUUGUUCCCCAAGAAAACUUUAUUGUGCAGCAUCAUGGGAGCGAGUGCACGAGGGCGCAGGACACUGGAUCCAAACAAAAUUGCUGCAAUAAGAGAGUUUCUUGCAACUAACUUUCCAACCUAUGAUUUGAGCGAGCGUGGAAAAGACUGGAAAACCUGUAUCACAAAUGUCAAUUCUAUGAUCCGCUCCUUACGCUCUGAAAACAAAGCAAAGAAGACAACUGAGAGGAAAGAAGAAGUGUCUGAUGCUCCUGAUACAUCUCAUUGUGUAGAUUUAAAUGAUAAUGAAGAUAGUGGAGACAAUUCUCAGAAAAUGACUGGCUCCACAACUGACACAUUGCAGAAUUCAGAAUCGGAUAAGUUUCCAGAAGCUUUCCACACAUCUUCAGUCAAACAACAACAGUCUUUGGAACCUAUGGAACCUCUUGGGAGCCCGUGGCGCAAUGUUCAGUUGCCUUUCUCCGUAAUUUACGUCGCUAAGGGGAAGGUACGGCCGGAGUUGUCAGCUCGCUUCCUGAUUCGUCACAUGUUCCCAGAGGAGCUGCUGGUGAAAAGCAACGUGUAUGGCAGUCUUGAUCGUGGCAUGAGCCCACUGGAUUCCAAUAAAAUUAAUGCUCUCAGAGAGUUUCUUCAAGAGAAUUUUCCAUCCUUUGAUCUAAAUGAAAGUGGAUUUGAUUGGAAGGCAUGCGUGGCUGCCAUAAACAGCACAAUCCGCAGCCUCAGACAUGAGCUGAAAAAGGCAACGUCUGGAAGCCGCCAGAGAGCCCGGGCAGAGUCCCCCAGAAGAUCCCACUUCCGUAAAGCUGUCUCUCAGACUGAAGCUCUCUAGCAUCUGUCUCAAAUCUUAAUUUAGCAGGUUUUUAUUAAUUCCAUGUAAAAGCCUGUAAUAUCGAGCUGUCCUGUUCAAGUGAGGUGUCAGCAGCACAAAUAGCAUCACUUCAUGAGACCAAAAUUAGCAGAAGGCUUGGGAGCCUUAACUCUUUGCAUAGGUAGUGUUUGUGCUCCUCAGAAAUUAUUUUCAGUGUUCCCUGUAGCAUUUGCAAUGUGCAUCUUCUCAUGAUUCUCAAAGCAUCUUCUUAUGAUUCAUUGAAUCUGAAAGAUUAAUCUGGUUAGAAAAGAUGCACUGUGCAUCAAUUCAGCACAAGCAGAUGGAAGAGAGGAGAGGAAGGAGUGGUCCUCCUUGGAGGGUGAAUCAUAGCCAGUUAAAUUAUCUCAUUAUGUGUGAGGAAUGAAAUUUGCUUUGACAAUUGCGUAUAUUCAGCAAAAAUAUCAGAAAGGAAAAAUAUUUUUAAUUGCAUUUAGUUAAUGCAUUUGUCGUAUCUGGACUUGAUGAUCUUCAAGGUCUUUUCCAACUAAUGAUUGUAUGAUCUCUCACAUUUUUGCCUCCUAUAUCCGUGGGGUUUUUGCAGGAUAAGAGGCAGACAACAAUGUAAGUACAGCUGGUAAUGUAUGGGGGAAUGAUGCCUUAAUUUUUAGCUUUCAUAUUUUCCAGAUCCUGUACUGCAUUAGUAUAUAACUUUGAACUUCAUGUGAAGUGUUAGCAGAUUCUCUUCACAGUUUAGUUAGACAAAACAAUCCUUUUCCAGCCUGAGAAUCAAGGACACCAUUGCAGCUUCAGGCCCAAAAAGUAUAAACAGCGAAAUGAGAGGAGCGGUGUUGGAGGAUGGGACUGCUUAACCUGAAGCUGUAAUUGUACAAUUAACCCCAGUAUGUAAAUUGACCAAAGCUUAUGGACGUGCAAAAACUCCUGACCUAUCAUCCAUCUUGGGCAUAGCCUCAGCCAGGCUCUUGUAUUGCCCAGGGUGUAUCUUUUGGAGGCCUUUUAAUAAAUACCUACUUUAUUCCUUUAAAACUGUCUAGCCUCUGUUCUAGGUAGCCUCUCAAGGCAUCAGUUACACUGCUUUGCUCUGAUUUAGCUGUACUAAAAGGACAAAAAAAAAA